AUGGAUGUGAAAGGAUUCACCCAGAUGUCAAUGCAAGAACUGGCUAUUAAAAAAUGUUUCUUUAAUGGUAUUGAUUGGCCUUCAAAUCAAACUACAGCAAAGUGUGUUGAUGUUAAGCCCAAUCAAUGGGAGUUCAUGAUCAUGAAGGAAAAUAAUGAACCAGUAGGUUUUGAAGGCCGGAUGUGGGAGGAGUUUCAUGACUAUUAUUAUAACAAAAUAAAAUGUGUGAAUGUAAUUGUUAUUUACAUUGGAAAUUUGUAUUUCCAUUUAAGGCUUUUCAACAAUGAAGGUUACUGCUGCAACCUAGAUAUUGUUGAUUCAGAUACAUCUAAAGGUGAAGUUGACACAGUGGACUAUCUAUGCAGCAACGGAGAUACCCUGGCAUAUAGUACGCCGAUGAAGUUAGAUGACUACACAAAUGCUAUUUUAUACUAUGAUGGAGUUCCAGUAAUUAACAUGCAUCGAGCUGUCACUAAUGACAAUCCACAUCGGUUUGUUAUUGAAGGUGAUAUAAAGUACAUGGUGGAUUUGAAGAAAAUACCUUUAGGUAUAACUUUAGGGUUCCGUAUAGAUGCUCGCAAGGCAUGUAAUAAAGAGUAUCUGAUUAUAGAAGUCCUGUAA